AUGGACCUCCGGCCGCCCCGCCUCUACAAAUGGUACAAGCCCAUCGACGAGCGGGAGAAGGCCCUGGACCAGCCCGACCUCACUGAGGAGCAGCGCGCGGCCAUGGACCUCGCGCGGCCCCCGGCGCCGAGCCUCCCGGGCGCCCCCGAGGGCGAGCCGGGCGCGGCGCCCGCCGCCGCGCCGGAAGAUGAGGGAGAGGGCGAGCCCGUGGUCUUCACGGCGCCGGAGCACGUGCAGAUCCAGACGCGCGAGGAGCAGCUCGAGGAGAUCCGGCAGAUGGGCCUCGGCGAUUUAUGCAUGGACGAUCCAGAACCAAAAAUCGCCAUGCCCGACUGGGCCGGCGGCGGCAGCGAGUCGUUAGGUGUAAAAUACGACGAGGAACGAGAAAAGUUGGCCCGGGAGUUAUGUGAGGACGAGCCGAUGGAGUCCGAGGCGCCGGACGCGUGCGCGCCGGCGCCGGCGCCGGGCCCCGCGCCGGCCGUCGACGACGACCGCGUCCACGAGCCCACGGACCCGGAACUGAUCCAGCUCAACGGCUUGCUGCAAAGCGCGCUCACGGAGCUCGGCCACAAGGUCAUUGAAUUCGGCUGGGACAAGGAUCCAUUACAUGGCAAGUCGCCGCUCUGUCUCCCGUACGACGAGUACAUGAAGCCCAUCACCACCUCAGAAGAGGAGGCGGGCUACGACCCCGAAGUUGACGACCCGGACUGGGACAACUAUCCUUUUAAAUGGGGCGGCGUCGUGCCCGAGGCCUGGGCGCUCGAGUUCAUCGCGAAGUACCUCAAGGAGCACAAUCCCAAUACUACUAGUGGGGCGCCGGCGCCCGCGCCCGCGCCGGCGGCCGCCGAGGCGCCCGCGCCGGCGGCGCCCUCGGAGGCGCCGGCGCUGCCGCGCGACGUGCUUCCUUUACUGAAUGAGCCGGGCUACGUCGAUACGCAGAAGCGCGUCCUCGGCGCGAUGCCGUCGGAGAUCCCAAGCGACACGACGGGCGAGAUUCAGGACUCGGACGUCGUCGCGCCGGGGCUCGCGCUGCUGCAGCAGCAGUAA